ACGGCCCCUCGGGCUCUGGGCUGAUGCAGCCGAGGGGCGGUGGCUCGGGGGGCUGGCGUACGGCGCAGCCGCCGAGGCGGCGGGGCGGGGGAACCGGCCCGGGCACUGCCCGCGCUCUGCGCCCACACGGCCCCGCCCGCACGGGCCGCACGUCCCGCACGGCACCUCCCGCUCCGCGCGGGCAGCUCCGCCGCUCGGGGCCGGGCCGGGCCGGGCGCUUCCCGCCCUCCGCGGCUGCGCGCCCUCAGGCGCCGCUCAGCAUGGCCGGGGCGGCGCUGGGCCCGCCGGUGAAGGUGCAGGCGGCGCCGGGCCCGCCAGGCCCGCCGGUGAAGGUGCUGGCGGCGCAGCUGCGGCGGGCGGAGCGCGGCGCGGGCGGGAGCUGGGAGCUGCGGCGGGCGGCGGCGGGCCGGGCCCCGCUGCCCCUGAGGGCCGUGUGGAUGCAGGGCACCGUGCUGGAGGUGCAGCGCGGCGCCGAAGGCGGCUCGGCCCGGCUGCAGGACGGCAGCGGCGCCUUCACCGUGCUGGGCGUGGAGCAGGUGCCGCAGGGCCGGCCGUGCCUCAGCGCAGGGAAGUAUGUAAUGGUGAUGGGUGUGGUGCGGUCCUGCAGUCCGGAGCCCAUUCUUCGAGCAAUAAAGAUGACGGAUCUCUCUGAAAACCCCAUCCAUAAGAACAUGUGGAACCUUGAAGUGGAGGAUUUGCACAGAGUCAUCCCCUAAUACUUUUAUUUUCUGCCUAAAAUAACUAGAAAUUUGUUUUCUUUAACUUUUUGGUGCAGAACAUUGGACUAUUCUGUGUAACCACUCCUGGAGUAAACCAAAGUGAGACAUUGGGCUCAGUUAAGCAUAGGGACCAGUGCUUCUCUGAUAAUAAUCACAGUUCAUGUCUCCCAGUUGGUUUUAUACCAGCAUAUUUGAGAAGUGCCUAUUUGAUGUUUUAAUUAAGAUGUCCACACUAUUAAAAAGGCUGUAUGUUUGUU